GAGCCUCACACGGGGCACAUACUUUUAUGCUCAUCAGUUGACGAUUUUAUUUAAGACAUUUUGAAUAACCGUAUUAGUUUCUCAUAGAUGACCUAUGCUUCGAAGAAAGGGGUAAUACAUAGAAAAGAAUGCAAAUUUGAAACGUCAUCAGUUCUUUACAAACCGUGGACUUGUUUGGGCUGAUCGUCCUGUACGUCGUCUGCCUGCCGGACAGCGGCUGUGGGUCGGCCGGUGCCGACAGCUGUCAUGAGGUGAAGACAGCCUACAUGAUGCGCCAGAUCGGCCCGGUGGAGCUGGUGCCGGACAGACCGGGAACAGAUGAGUCUCUCCAAGUGUGUGCUCACCCUGGACCCACUUGCUGCACUAGGAAGAUGGAGGAAAGCUACAUGGCGGCUGUUCGCAGCGAGACACAGCAGAAAAUGCGAUCGUACAGCUUCGAACUCAAGUACCUGAUCGCUGGGCACACCACGGCCUACCAAGAGACCUUUGACUCGCUUGUGUCCUUCACAUCUAACCUGACCAGCACCCUCUUCGACAGUGCUUACUCUGCUCUGGCUUCCGACUGUCGCCCCCUUGUGUCCCAGCUGUUCAGCGACAUCAAACGGCACCUCUCCGGACACUCUAAUUCCUCUCUGGACAACGCUGUGCGCCGAUUCUACAAUGAUCUGUUCCCGCUGGUGUAUCGUCGCCUCCUGAACCCCGGGAUUGGCCACCCGUCGUCCCAGUCUUAUUCCUCCACCUCCAGCAGCAACGACGAAUGCCUGCGGCUGACACGGCAGGACGUCAGCCCGUUCGGACCCCAUCCCCACCUCCUGGUCAGCAGCCUGUCUCGAGCUCUAGGCCUGGGCCGAGCACUUAACCGGCUGUUACGAAUGGCUGGUGAGGUUAUGAAUGCGACAGAGAGGGCAGCCCUUUCUAGAGAGUGUGGACGAGGGUUGGUGAGGAUGCAGUACUGUUCUCACUGCAGAGGGCUGACCCUGAUCCGGCCCUGCACCAGUCUGUGUGUUAACAUUAUGAGGGGCUGUCUGGUGGGUGUGUCCGAGCUCAGCGCCCCCUGGGGGAGUCUGGUGGUAUUGCUCCAGCGUUUAGGCGCCACCUUCGCCACCAGCAGCAAUCACAACAACAUGGAGCUAGCUCUGUUAGCAGUUCGAAACCAUGUGAACGAUGCAAUACUGCACGCCCAGCUGCACGGACCCUCUAUCACAGCUACAGUAGAGAAGGUUUGUGGUUCCCAGGAUGCCCCUCCAGCGAUGAGGAGUUUGCAUGUUAACACCUCUGUGACUCCUGCUCCAUCGGUCACGUCCGACAGGUCUUCUGUGACGUCACCUCCCUCACCCGUCCAUGCUGCUCAUCAGCUUCAGCAGCUGCAGUCCAGAAAGUCAUUUCCUCUUAAAAGUUCUAGAGGGGACAAGAGUCGAAGCCUGAAAAAACUUUCUAGGGAGUUUGAGGGCUCCAUCCAGCGGUACCAGUGGUUUUUCUCAGGGCUGCCAGAGAUGCUCUGUGAUAGUGAGAUGGAGGUUGAGCAGCACACAUGCUGGAGUGGCCAAGACGUCGUUGAAAGCUAUGCAGGUCGUGUGGUUGGCGGCACUCUGAAAGCCCAGAGGGAGAACCCAGAGAUGACUGUUCGUAACACAGAUCCUGCCCUAAAGCGAGCGAAGCAGAGACUGGAGCAGCUAACACAGGAGUUGAUGGUUGAGCUCGGCUGGGCGAGCAAAACCAGAGGAAGAGGAGGGGAGGAAGACAACGGUGGGAGUGCGCGGACAGACAGAGGAAGCGGUGAUGAUUGUGAUGAUGAAGACGGUUGUGAAGCAUCUGGUAAGGAGACUGGGAGAUGCCCAGAGGGACGGAUAGUGGAGAAUCCACUGUCCUCCCUCCCUUACGGUUUCCAUGCCUGUUUCUGCUGGUCUCAGCAGUUUGUUUUCCUCCUUGUUUGGGAUAAAGGAUACUCUACCAACCAGGUGAGGACACGAGCGACUGGUCCAGUGGCCACAGUCCAGAAAAGAAGCAUGUGGCUCCGUCUCCUCCUCGUCGCCCCGUCACUCCUCAUCGCUCCUCACCUCCACCGGUUCGCGGCUCCGCCCACACGGAGGCCGGUGAACGCCGACCUUUGACCUCCCUGGCCCUGCUGCCGCUGCUGCUGUCAUCGUGGGACCCACGCUGACCGUGAGCACGCAAAGCGAUUGGACUGAAAGACGGCCACAUGCUGUGUUUUGUGGUGAAGUUAGUAUUUAAGCGAUGAGCCACUGUUUCUGACAGUUUCUGAUGUGAGUUGCCAGGUUCGUGGCGCGAGCUGUUUUUGUGACAGCUGUAGGUGCAAACUGUGCUUUUUUAUAUUACCUGUACUGACCUCUACAUGUUUAUUCAUAUUUAACUCCAAUAGGUUAGACAGCAAUGCACUACUGAGACAGAUGUAAAUACAAACAAAUCUAUAAAUAUACAUAUAUAAAAUCUAUAUUUAUAUGAAGAGAUUGUGUAGGUAACAAUAGCUUGAUGUCUAACUGAGCUCUUUUACUUGGACGCUGAGGGAUGUUUGCUUUGGUUUGACCUUCUCAGACAUUAAAACCCAUAACAGAUAGAGUUCAAGCUGGAGGUCUGUAGCCUUAAACCAAUUACAGUAAACGCCAAUCUUAUAGGUACGACAGACAACAACAUUGAGUUGUAUUUGAGAGGAAGCAAACGUAAAAUGUUUUCUGACCACUCUGCACUCUGUUCUUAUGCAAGCUGGGUGAUUUCCUGUUCCUAGUUCCUAAAAAUAUAAAGUCCUCCGAAAAUGGCUCCCAAGACGGUCCGUCCUCUUUUAAUACAUCAUUUCUAGACGUAUAAAACCCUGAAUUGUCCUGUUGUUUUAUGAGGAUGCACAGUGGGCACAGCUGUAAAAACACUGCAGGGAAACAUAUAAUAGCUUCCGUUUCAAUAACACUUGUAAGACGCUGCUUCGUCCUCAACGGGCAGAAGAUUCCCAUCUAUAAAAAUUACCAAGUACAAGUACACACUAGAUAUGUGCAGUGUUUGUGCGACUCAACAGUGGCAUUUUAUUUCUGUACAGACACACAGAGCUCUUGUUUUUAUCUCCAGCUCUUAAUUGAACUUCCAGUGAGAGACUCCAGGACUGUAAAUAGGACAUCCAUGAAAAAUAGAGUGAUACAAAUGCUUUCAGCUCGUCUAAUGUGAUCACAGCUGCUGAGCCAAGAACCAAACAUAUGAAUUAAAUGCAACUUUAAACCAUUUGAACGAAUGAACUGUGCGUCUCCAACCCCACAACCUGCUGAAUACAGAGGAAACGCAGCAGCUGAACCCAGUGAGUCACUGUGUGCCGUCACCCCACUGUGAAUUAACCAGCUCACACACACAUAGUUUCACACUAUAGAUUAACAUACAGUUAAUCUCUGCGUUCCUGCCGUCAGACAGAAAAGCACAGAGAAGUUUAUUCAUGAAGGAAAGUGACUGACACCUACCAUUAAGAGCUUAGGCGUGAGCGUCAGCCAGGCAGCGCGCCAAGACACCAUGUUAGCUACACGUCAGAGUCUGUCAGCAAGCCCACUCUCAUCUGAUCACAUUUUAAGCGUUUACAUUAAGGAGAUAAGGCUUUCAGUCAGGUCAACACACGCUGACCUCAUAAACAACACGGGACCUGAAGACGACAUGGAGAAAGAGUACAAUUUACUAAAACAUGCGAUUUAACAAACCCCAUUUCUGGUGUGGACUGUUGAUUUGAGGAAUGUAAACAACAAACCUGGAUGUAUUUUACAUGUCAGGGAAUAGCUUGGUUAAUAACAAGUCAUCUCUCUGUUAGUGGUCACUCAUCACGUUCAUCAAGGUAACUAGUGAUAAAUCUGGGUCGGGCAUAUUUUUAUAUAGAGUAAAGCAGUCAAACAUGUUAAGGACUGUAGUGAUCCUGCUGUCAGUGUGCGUUUAUUAAAAUAUUUAAAUGUGCUUUUCACAGCUUUAACAUGUUCUUACAGUAGUUUAACAGUCGGCUUCUGCUCGUGGCAUCGAGCAGAGCCCCCAGGUUCCUGAACGUCAACAGCGUCAGCGACGUGUCCUGAUACUCUGCUGUGUCAAUAGUCAUCAGCUUAACCUCCUCAGUAAUAAAAUCUGUUUUCAAAGUCA